AUGGCGUUGCAGGACUUCAACCUCGCUAGUCUUGCUUCGUUACAAUCUCUACCCCUGGAACUUAUCGAAAGCCUCGAUCAAACAUAUUUUCUGUAUCUCCUGGUCACCGAUCCCGCGAGAGUGAUUCCUCCGGGGAAAUCCCUCUUAUCAAUGUUGACUCACGCGAAAUUUCAUCCUCCGGAGGCAGCACAAAAUGGCAGUCAACAUGUUGAGCUGCUAGGCCGGGUGAAAGAGGUGGCCCAUAGAGCUUUUUGGGAGGAAGCUACAGAGGCGCUUUCGUCGCCGCUUCCAUCAGUGCAGCUGGAACGCUUAAAGCGGCUGUAUCUCGAUUUGUACGAUGCACUUACACCUCUCUUUCCUCCCAACCACCGAAUUCUGGUUUCGCUGUGCUCACCUCUACCCCCAACAUCAUCUCCACUGCACUCAACACUCAACUUUCUCAGAGAAGUUCUUUCUGUCCUGCGAGAGAGAUGCGCACCAGCCAGAGAUGAAGCAAUCGAUCUGCUUAUUUCUUCGAUUCUGCAACCGCCAUCAGGUUCCAGCCCAAAUGGCACUCACACCGACACGUCCUCAACACCACUGGCGGAGUUUGUUGUCGAUAAGAUUCGAGCUAUCGUUUCCCUAGGCGAAGAUAUGAAAGAAGAUUUAAAUAACUUCGUCUUAGGGUCCAUGACUGAAGCCCAAUUAAAUGGGCUUCUCCUGGAUGGGGUCAAGCAGCGUGAAAGAGACAUCGUCUUGCAAAUUUGGGGUGGGCCGGAUCUCGUACGACGGCUCUGGAGGAAUUGGUUCAAGGGCGGACUGGUAGAAGAUUCAGAUUGUGCAGAAGGCAAGAGAUGGAUCAAGAGGUUACUCAAAGCCCUCCAGUCGGACAAACCUGUGCAAUGUGCACCCCCUUCGCCCCCAGAAUCUCAUCUGAAUGGCGCAAAGGACAACCUUACCAAGGAUGCAUCUUCCUCGCAGGGCAGUCAUUUACUGCCCCCACAACUACUCUUCUGUGUACCCAAUCUAGUCUCUGUCCAGAACCACCUUCAAGCCCUCGUUAUUACGGCAUCCUUGCGUUCCCUCACGCGUCUCCCGUCUGCUCAGGUCGCAAACUCUGGCUCUGGCUCUUCCACGACACCUUCUGUGGUUCAGGAAUUCAUACCCCGCGUCUGGUCCCUUCUCAAGGCAGAAAUCGACGAUGAAGCCCCGGUAUCGGAUAUUGACCAUACCAAAUUGGUGAAUCUGGCGGACGAAGUCGUUCGCGCCCGCCAACUUACGGCGAAGGUUGGUGGUGAAGAGGAGACGCAGCUUCGGUCCGCAGUAGAGAGGACCCUCAGGUCGAACGACCCGGUCUUCUUGCUGCUCGGAAAGCGACUCAUCGGUGUCCUGGAAAGCCUCCUGGUAUCUGAAAAUCCUGUCAAUGAUAUUAACAAUGAUAGACCAACCAUUCCGGCCAAGAUGCAGACAGGAAGGGAUUUCGUAGGGGGUAGAGCUGUCAAGCGCCCGAAACUCACAUCGUCCGAACCAACUCUCGGGGGUGCAGGUCCUGUACGCGAUGACGCAGUGAAAUUUCCGUUGGUGGCCGGAUAUGAAGACGAGACCCUGAGGGAAGCUAUCUGGGAUGUCUUCCACAAAUUGUCCUCUUGUAUUGCGUGGACGGAGAACAUUUGGGGGAUGUAG